AUGCACAGUCACAUUAUUUGUGAACUUCAACUAAAACUUCUAGAGAUAUUAUGCAGAAGAUUUUUGAAGAAUAUUUCGCAGAAGAUCAUUUUUGCAAAAUUUUGCGCGUGUCAAUGCCGGAAAUUUCUUUCGAAACAAACUUUGUGGUCGCAGCAAAAAGAAGUGUGUGCUAGCUUUCUAGCUUGUUCUUCGCGUAUCAGCAUUCUUUUCGUGGUGUUGACACACCGGAGCAACAUCUUAUCAAAUCCUGUAAUAAUCGCAAUAAUCGAAGACGGCCUUCCCGACCCUGCGCCUGGCCGAGCGCACAACACACAGCAACCGGGUCGGGAUCUCACGAAGCAGUACACUCCGGAUGCGACCCUGGAGUAA